AUGCUGUGUAAACUGAUUUUGUUUUUUGCUUUGCUUCUCGUCGUCCUAGAACCUCUGCUUGGGCAUCCGGUGGAUACCUACGCCAGGCCUGUUCUUGUAGAAGAGGAACAGGUGGUGAGUCCAGAAGAUCUGAGUUACUCGGAGCAAGCGUAUCUCGGCUACCCGUCCCUCAUCACCGGAGACAUCAUCCAUGAUGGUCUCAGAACAGCAGGAUUUGUCCCCAGCCAAGCUGUAAAAGAGGUCUUUUUGGAAAAGCCUUUCUUGAAUCCUUUGAGACAUUUCCUGGGCAACAGGAAGCAGUAUCGCAAGAGAGGAAGCAAUACAGAGUGUUUCUGGAAAUACUGCGUCUGA